UAGUACACAGGGGCGGGACAACUGCAGCAGCGCUUGUCCAGCUACAUUGUUAAUACGUACCACAAGACUGGACUAAUGGUCCCUUUCGUAUGGACAAAUCGGACGGUGCUGUUUGGUAUUGCUAGCCCCCACGCAGCCCAGUUGACGUCCGUUCGCCGAACUCCGUUGAGGGGAGAGAGAGAAAUCAUUUAAAAAAAAUAAAAUAAAAAUAAAAAAUGCGUGUUUUGAAGCACGACGGCGUGUUUCGGGCAACAGUGGCCACUUCGCAACGCGAGUGAAGACCUCUCGUGGACGCUACAGGGCUUCUUUUGAGCUCGGCCAGAACACCGCGUGAUAAUAUGGCAAAGUUUGGUUUUAUACCGAGGAGAAGUUUUUCACUGGAGAGAAUUCCUUAAGCCAUCGCCUUCAACUGGCUCGAAAAAAUUGGCUACCACAAAAUUUUGGCCCCCCCCACCCCCCUCCCUCCAUCCCUCCCUCCUCCUCCCUUCCUCCUCCUCCUCCUCCUCCUCCUCCUCCCUCAGCAACCACUGCACAGAGUGAACGUUGAUAUGCUACAUCAGUGAUGGAGCCCAUGACGGUUACUACAUCGGUGGCAGGACCAGAUGAGUUUGAUCGCAACGCCCCGCGGAUAUGUGGGGUUUGUGGCGACAAGGCCACUGGCUUCCACUUCAACGCCAUGACCUGUGAAGGUUGCAAGGGCUUCUUCAGGCGCAGUAUGAAGCGUAAAGCCGCCUUCACCUGCCCGUUCAACGGAAGCUGCACCAUCACCAAAGACAACCGACGUCACUGCCAGGCCUGUCGUCUCAAGCGCUGCAUUGACAUUGGCAUGAUGAAAGAGUUCAUCCUCACAGAUGAAGAGGUGCAGAGGAAGAAGGAAAUGAUAUUGAAAAGGAAGGAGGAGGAGGCAGCCAAGGAGGCUUCGAGGCCUCGGCUCAGCGAAGAGCAGGCUCAGAUCAUCUCUUCGUUGGUGGAGGCUCACCACAAGACUUACGAUGCCUCCUAUUCAGACUUCUCCCGCUUUAGGCCUCCAGUGCGUGAAGGUCCAGUAACACGCAGUGCCAGCAGAGCCGCCUCCCUUCACUCUCUGUCUGAUGCUUCCUCCGACUCCUUCAAUCACUCGCCUGAGUCGCUCGACACCAAGAUGAACUUGAACAACCUGUUAAUGAUGUACCAGGACGGCGCAAGCAGUCCAGACUCUAGCGAGGAGGACACCAAGCUCUCCAUGCUGCCCCAUCUGGCCGACCUAGUCUCCUACAGCAUCCAGAAGGUCAUAGGGUUUGCCAAGAUGAUCCCAGGAUUCAGAGAACUGACUGCGGAAGACCAGAUUGCUCUGCUGAAGUCGAGCGCCAUUGAGAUUAUCAUGCUACGCUCCAAUCAGUCAUUCAGCCUGGAAGACAUGUCCUGGAGCUGUGGAGGGCCUGACUUCAAAUACUGCAUCAAUGAUGUCACGAAGGCGGGUCACACUCUGGAAUUGUUGGAGCCGUUGGUCAAGUUCCAGGUUGGCCUGAAGAAGCUCAAUCUACAUGAGGAGGAACACGUCCUGCUCAUGGCCAUCUGCCUGCUCUCCCCAGAUCGUCCCGGUGUGCAGGACCACGGCCGCAUCGAGCAGCUCCAGGACCACAUGUCGGAGACACUUCAGGCCUACAUCCGAGUCAACCACCCCGGCGGACGCCUUCUCUACGCCAAGAUGAUCCAGAAGCUGGCCGACCUGCGCAGCCUGAACGAGGAGCACUCCAAGCAGUACCGUUCGCUCUCUUUCCAGCCCGAGCACAGCAUGCAGCUCACCCCUCUGGUGCUGGAGGUUUUUGGCGGUGAGGUGUCAUAGUAGACACACAUACACACAGUUAUCGCCUUCAUCCCACCAACCCCCAUCACCACCACCGCUGGAAAACCGCUGCUUUUGAAGGCUAAUAACACGAGCAAAUUCAUCCUCAUGUGCCACACUCCUCAUCUAGAACCCAGCUGCCAAGACUCCUGGAUGCAUGAAACUCAGAAUUCAAGGAUGCUGUGGAUACCUGCGCCACUCGGAUAACCAGGUUAUUCCAAACCCAAUUCCAAUGACGUUGUGUUAAACAUAAACAGAAUACAAUGAGUGCAAAUCAUGUUCAACCUAUAUUUAAUUGAAUGCGCUACAAAGACAACAUAUUUAAUGUUCAAACUGAUAAACUUUAUUGUUUUUAGCAAAUAAUCAUUAACUUAUAAUUUUAUGGCUGUAACACGUUCCAAAAAAGCUGGGACAGCGUCAUGUUUAUCACGGUGUCACAUCACCUUUUCUUUUAACAACAUUCAAUAAACAUUUGGGAACGGAGGACACUAAUUGUUGAAGCUUUGUAUGUGGAAUUCUUUCCCAUUCUUGCUCGAUGUACGGCUUCAGCUGUUCAACAGUCCGGGGUCUCCGUUGUCAUAUUUUUUUCGCUUCAUAAUAAUGCACCACAAAUGUUCAAUGAGAGAGAGGUCUGGACUGCAGGCAGGCUAGCCUAGUACCCACACUCUUUUACUACGAAGCCACGCUGUUGUAACACAUGCAGAAUGUGGUUUGGCAUUGUCUUGCUGAAAUAAGCAGGGGCGUCCGUGAAAAAGAGGUUACUUGGAUGGCAGCAUAUGUUUCUCUAAAACCUGUAUGUACCUUUCAGCAUUAAUGGUGCCUUCACAGAUGUGUAAGUUACCCAUGCCAUUGGCACUAACACAGCCCCAUACCAUCACAGAUGCUGGCUUUUGAACUCUGCGUCCAUAGCAGUCCGGAUGGUUCUUUUCCUCUUUAGCCUGGAGGACACGACGUCCACAAUUUCCCAAAACAAUUUGAAAUGUGGACUAUCAGACCACAGAACUCUUUUCCACUUUGCAUCAGUCCAUUUUAGAUGAGCUCGGGCCCAGAGAAGCCGGCAGCGUUUCUGGGUGUUGUUGAUAAAUGGCUUUUGCUUUGCAUAGUAGAGUUUCAAGUUGCACUUAUGGAUGUGGCGCCGAACUGUAUUGACUAUCAUUGGUUUUUUGAAGUGUUGCUGAGCCCAUGUGGUGAUAUCCUUUACACAUUGAUGUCGGUUUUUGAUGCAGUGCCGCCUGAGGGGUCGAAGGUCACCGGCAUUCAAUGUUGGUUUUCGGCCUUGCCGCUUACAUGCAGUGAUUUCUCCAGCUUCUCUGAACCUUUUGAUGAUAUUAUGGACCGUCGAUGAUGAAAUCCCUAAAUUCCUUGCAAUUGUACGUUGAGGAACAUUGUCUUUAAACUGUUCGACUAUUUUCUCACGCACUUGUUCACUAAGAGGUGAACCUCGCCCCAUCUUUGCUUGUGAAUGACUGAGCAAUUCAGGGAAGCACCUUUUAUACCCAAUUAUGGCACCCACCUGUUCCCAAUGAGCCUGUUCACCUGUGGGAUGUUCCAAACAGGUGUUUGAUGAGCAUUCCUCAACUUUCUCAGUCUUUUUUGCUACCUGUACCAGCUUUUUUGGAACGUGUUGCAGCCAUAAAAUUCUAAGUGAAUGAUUAUUUGCUAAAACAAUCAAGUUUAUCAGUUUGAACAUGAAAUAUCUUGUCUUUGUAGUGUAUUCAAUUAAAUAUAGGUUGAACAUGAUUCGCAAAUCAUUGUAUUCAGUUUUUAUUUAUGUUUAACACAACGUCCCAACUUAAUUGGAAUUGGGGUUGUACAUCUUGACAUCUUCUGAACACCCCUAAACGCUACAGUUUCCCAUAACAUUUGUCAACUGAAUGCGCUGGAUGGAGGGAUUCGACUGCCAACCCUUGUCUCCAUCAUCCUCAUCAUGGUACUCGCGGUUCACAUGCCCAAUUGGAGAGGAAUACACAGCUUUGCUCCGCAGAUGGCACAAGCUAAGACACCCAAACAACGGCAAUCUUAGAGGAGGAAUACUUGCUGGUUACAAACAAGCUCUGUGUAUCUGUGCUCGGAUGAAGAAGGAAAAGCCUGUCAGGAUUGAUGGGGAUGGGAAAAAAAAGAAUGGCAACCUAGAGAGACCCACUACAGUUGGAAUUCCAGUCAAAAGGAAAUUUUGCAGGAAUGUAUGUAUAAAGCUAUAUAAAUAAAAUGUAUAAGCUCAACUAGAUCGAUACAGUAUACGCAAAUAUAUAUAUUUAAGACAGAUGGGUGCUUCAGAGGAAGCACAUUGGUUAUGUGUCAUGUAUAGCGGGGUUUCCCAAACUUUCUCAACUUACAUUGACUUAAACUGUACAUAAACUAAUGAUAUUGAACUCAGAAGACACACUUAUUACAACAAACCUAAAGAGAGCGUUUACCUAUUUGACGAUCAAUAACAAACAGUUCUACUCAGACAAUCGUCCACCCUCAGUUUGGGAAAGCCUGCUGUAUAGGAUUUGAAGGCCCCCUCUCAGUGUGUGUGUGCGUGUGUGUGUGUGUGUGUGUGUGUGUGUGUGAGAGAGAGAUAUGAGUCCUCGUUGACCAGACGAAUGCACUGUGAGAGGAGUCCUAUGUUGUUUGUGCAGUAUAACAAAAUAUUGGUGGACCACAGAGGGGUUGAGUUCAGGCCCUGGCUGAGGCCUCGGAAUCUCCCGUUUUUCUUUGUUUGUUUUUUGGACCUGUGAAGUUUCUAGACUGACAAAGAUGACGUUAUGUUGCGGUGGAUAGCCGCUAUCCGCCGUAUUUGAGUUGGGCUGCUAAGACCUGUUACCUCAGGGAAAAGUUCUGUGCGUACGUGGUGUUGAUAACGUGUGUCAGGCGUAAGCUCACAAUCAGAAGAUAACCUUUUCGAAGCUCUCUGCAUCACUGUGAUUUCUAAUCGUACCAGAUAACAGUUAAUGUAAGCUGCAACUCAUAAUUAUAACCGCAUUGCCCCAUUCCUAAUUAAUUGGAUCAAUGAAACCGAGGUCAAAGCUAGAGUACAUUUCCAGCCGUCUGUCCAUUGGAGGGUGGAGACUUUGGACCCACAGCUAAGGUUAUCAUCAAUUGAUUCAGGAUGAAACCUGAAGGUAGCGAUACAGAAAAUGAAGACAUGCUAGGUUCUAAUGUGAUGAUGCUUUCAACAGCGUGGCGAGUGAUUAAAAAGGAGCGUUUAACCAUCACUACAUAUGUCGCUUGUCAGCCCCUCAGCAGGCCUAGAGCUCCCCCUUGUGGACAUAUUUUGUAAAUACCACUUGCUCUGUCUGGUCUGUACAUAUUUAGAAUUUAAUGUAGCCAAAAUACUAAGAGAAUUCAAUAUGCUCUGGAGUUACAGGCACUAUAUGCAAUGAGUAGUUAUGGACCCUUGUGCUGUAUUAUUCAAUUUGAUGGAUGGAGUUGACGCUUCCGGUGAACACGUUUGACUUGUCGGAGUAAGCAAAACACAUUUCAAAUGUGGUGUUAUUGGUUUUUUUAUAUUUUGGACCGUUCUAAAACCAAACCGUUGCAAACUAUUAGCAUUGGCGGAAUGUUUCAAACUCUCGUCACUUAACAUUCCUAUGCAUGAAAGAAACGUACAAGUCGGUGUGGCCGCCACACGGCGUCCCCUCCGUCCAUCCCAAGCUUGUGGGUGUCAGUAUUUUCAUUCUCUCUCAGAAGUCAAUUGAUAAGCUUUUGGCAGUGUUAAAGUACUAUUACGAUUUGGGUGAAAGUUCUUUCUCUGUUGCGCUAAUCCACAUUCUGUAGCUUGAGCUUGUCUUGCUGCCUGAGGACUUUUGGGUUCAUGGAUUAGUGAUGAGCAAGGAGGACUCCUUCCUGGAACCUCGUCCAUGCGCCCUUGGUUUUAACUGAGCAACAGCAGUCCUCACUUUUAGGGCAGGGAAACAACACAAUUCUCCCGCUUUUCUACCGGAAUACGUACAAGACUGAACGCCAUAUCGACAACCUUAAGGGAAGGAGGGAAUUCUUGCCCCAAUGGCAUGAUGGUCAACUCACACUGACACGAACAUUAGCCAGUGGCCACCAGCAUGGGCGUGCCUCAUCAACCAACAACCACCAUACCGCCUCAUCUUCCGCAGGAGCCAGUAUUACUGCAGUCGAUGACUCAUCACAGCUUUAACCCAGCAGCCGUCUCGGCUCUGCUGCUUCGAUGCACCAAGGGCUGAUGGGAACAUCUGCCGUGGACUGUCGCUUAACUGUGAAAACAAAAAAUGUCCACAUGCCCUUUUAUCCCACCCCGCUCUACCUUUACUUGGACCUCCACGAGACUUUGUACAGAAAAUUUGGAAGGAGGAUUUCCUCAGGCCGGCGGGCUAUGCAGUGACUGAUGACGACUUGUCGCCUUGUGAACCCAAAGUGUGACGAUACCCUGCUCACUUCUCUGCCUCACUUUGCAGCUCUAAGAAUUUACAUUCUCGGAAAAAAAAGGAAACAAAUGUUUGUUUUCGUGUUUAAAAAAAAAAAAAAAAAAAAAAAAAACAGGACUUGGAUAGCAACAUUAACAUCACCUGUUUGAAAAAGGAAUGCAUAUCGGAGGAGGGAGACUGCUCAACUUUAAGAUGUUCGGAGAAUGAAACCAACUUUUUCCGCGUUUGCCAACUAGUUGAAUUCAAACUGUCGAGCCUCCCGCCCGCUCCAAUCAGGUUAGCAACUCCGCCUCAGUAGCCUUACUUGGAGUGCUUUCACAUUUAACUUUCUUUGGUCCCUUUGAGUUGAUUUAAAAAAAAAAAAUAUAUAUAUAUAUAUAUAUAUAUAUAUAUAUAUAUAUAUUUGUUUUAACCAUUUCUAGACACAAAUCUUGGAGAAAAAAAAAAAAAAAAAACCCCACUCUCAACACACCUCACACCGAAGGGUAACCGCUCAGGAUAGUCUUUCAGAGACAUCCGCGAAUUUGGCCUUUGCUGAGGGAGGAAAAAUGCUCAAAAUGGACUAGAUUGUCAGCAUGUGUCUACCCCACUUGAGAAAAUGUCAACUUUCUCAUAACAUUGUUGCAUUUAUCUUGUAAUUUCAUUUGACUUAUGUUGUGGCCCUAAUUCAACUCCAUGACGUUCUGUUUUAUUUAACUUUUUAAAAAAUGCUAUUCGGCUUUGGGCCAGUGACCUGUGCCAAAUUCUCGUGUUCUGUAGUCUGCAAAACUGCACCGCGUUUACAAACAGAUCAACUGAUAGGGAUCAGAGAAAGCAAACUACAGGUGUGAAAGCACAACUUCCAGAAACCUCUCUCACUAUACACCAUCGAAACAGAUACCUCAAUCAUCUACGGAAUAACUUUUCAUGUCAAUAGUCUUGAAGGGAACCAAACAUGAACUCAUCGCGCGCACGUCCACGCUCUUAUCGGAGCGUCGUUGCGUAGAAGACGGCCGCGGAGUACAGUCCCGUUGCCAGUCGACAGGUCAGAGUGUGUGAGUGGAUCCCAAUGUUUUAGACGUUUUUCCUUACUCUCAUUUUCUGGCUUUGUUCUCAUUUCUGGAGCAGCACUCUUUUUUUUUUUUUUUUUUUCCCUUUUUUUUUUUUUGUCCAGUGUCUGCAGCUCCGCUUCAGCGCUGCAUUAACCGAACAUACUACCUCUCCCUUCAGCACAUAAAUUCAGUCUACAGUAUCUUAUAUAUGUUUUUGUGUCGCAACAACAGGAUUGUGUUUGAUCCCUUUUUAAUUUAACACUAACUGAAAGGAUAUGUUUAUGUCGUGUACAGUCAUCAUUGUCCCGUUUUGAUCUCUUCAAAUGCAGGAUGAUUUUUACCUCAACAUUGCACAGAAUAAGCUUACAAAUGUAAAGUCAGUCAUUCGUCACCUCAGAAUUCAAAGCAGUGUGUGUGUGUGUGUGUGUGUACCUCCUAGUGGUAAUGAAGAGCCUCCUAUUGUCAACUUGUCAGGAAGAAAUGCAGUAGUUAAAAACAUGUUUGUAGAGGCUUCUGAUUUCACAACUAGUUGUUCAUCAAUUUGUUGCGUGUAUCUAAUUCUAUGAGUUGAUAAUUCCUCCAUACGGGUUGACAGUAAUAACGGCCCAUAACUACAAUGUGGCCCGUGACAAAAAUUACUUGAGUAAAACGAAAAUAAACCUGAUAAAGUAAAACCAGCAUCAAAUUGGAAUGGAAAAAUUACGAGAUAUUUUUAAUUAAUUAUGCUAGUUCAGUGCAACCGACAGCAGUUCUAAAAAUUCAAAUGCUCAUUUUGGCCCCCCAAGUGUGAACAGCUUGUCGAAAGAGGAUGUUUGAAAUCAAUUUACUGAGUUCAUACUGACGCUGUCGCAGGAAGGCCACACACAAAAAAAAAAAAAAAAUCACAAGAAUAAACUUGUAGUAGUACGAGAAUAGUCAUACUGUUAAUAAAGUAUUAAUAUUUAAUGUAUUUUCACAAUAACAAAAAAGUUGUAAUGUUGUCCGAAUAUGAGUAUUUUUUAAAUAGUCCUAAUAUAAUGAAUGAAUGGUGAAAGAAGUUGUCAUUUCUUAAGAAUAAAAAUAGGUUACGAGGAAAAAGUACAAUGGGAGGAAAAAGUAGGCGAACCCUUGAGAAUUUCUGCAUAAAUUGGUUCUGAAAUGUAGUCUGGUCUUCAUCUCAAUCACAAGAAUAAACAGUCCGCUUAAAUUCAUACCAUACAAGCAUUAUAUGUUAUAUGUAAACAUUCACAGGAGAGGGAGGAAAAAGGAGGCUACAGAUGCUCUUAAGGUGUGAGACAAGAUUGGAGGUGUGGCUUAAAGCUGCUCUGGCCUCUACAAAACACGCCGUUAAGCACUGUUACUUCUCAUCCAAUUCUUCUUAUGGUUUAUCUGAUCAGACUACAUUUUAUGCAGAGGUUUAAGAAAUGGCAAAGGGUUCACAUAUGUUUUCCUCCCACUAUAUGACAUUUGUCAUUUUUAGUCAGAAAGUCAUUUGAUCCAUUUCUGUUAGGCUAGUCGUAGCUGGAACGCUAUCGACGUGAAGUUCUAUAUAGCAUAGGAACAUAUUCUAUACAUGUAGGUAGAACAUGAUUCAUUCUCAUUUUUUGGGGUUUUCUUUUUCUGUUGAGAGAACUUAAUUCUGACUUAUUUCCUGUCGUGUUUCUUUUCUUUUCUUCUUCUUCUUAUUGUUUGUCUUUUCAGCGCGGUCCUAAUAUAGACUCGUUAAGAAGGACCCGGAGGCUGGCUCAGCGAAAGGUUUCAUCAUCGAACCCAAACUGAGCUUGCGUCUCUUUGUCCGCUUUGCUCCCGUAUCGCUCUUCUCCUUCAAACCUUUCAUUCAGGUUGUGACAUUGGGAUCCCAUUUUUAGAUCACAUGCAUAGAACUCGCGUUGUUGUUUUUUUUUUUUUUUUUUUUUUUUUUUUUCCAUUGAGUUCCCGCCCCUCCCAAGCUGUCACACAGCAGCUCGAACAUGACCUCAGCAAACUGCCUUCUUUUCUUCUUCUUCAAAAAAAAAAAAAAAAAAAAUCACUUGACUUGUUUGCUGGUGGCUCUUUUUCUCAGCUUGCAAAAAUCCUUCACAGAUGUACUGUGAAUGACACUCUCACUCACUCACUCACUCACUCACUCACUCACUCACACGCCCACAGCCUUCUGGCCUCCUGGUGGAGAACUUCACAAAAUAAUCCAAAAGUGUUAACGGAUUUCUAGUGGUUCGUCCUCCCUCCUAGAUAUGUUUCACCCAGUAGAAGAAACUGUAGUUCACCACUAUGUUUCAAUGUCAACACAAAAAUAUUGAGUUGUGUUUAAUGUAAUACAAUAGCGUGGUACAGGUUGGCAUGGAAAACAUGAUGUAAAUGUUCCAUUAUUUGGCUUUUUUUUUGUUUUUGUUUUGGGAAUGUCAGCAUAUUAAAGGGCAGUUUGCAGUGUUUAAACUGCUAGCGAGAUUUGAAUGUAGCCUCACGUCUCUAAUCCCCGCCCCUGAGCAAAGCCACACCCCCUUCAUUUAUGUCAACAAGCCAGAUUCUCAAAUAUGGCCUUUGCUUAUUGCAUGCAAUUAUGAAAGUGCGUGGAGUCGUAAUGAAUAGUCUCAAGAGGAACGCAUGUCCAGGUUCAACAAAAUAGUAGGGCUAGCAGUAACAAGCUAGCAUUAGCACUGUAAACAAGCCUUCGUUAGCCGCGGCUGCUACGUUUGCUGCAUGACUUACUUGCAAUCGUGUUACUAUAACACUAAAAGGUUACCGGUUUAAGAUUUUAAAUUUACUUGUCAAGCAGAAAUGUUGCAAAUUCUGCAUCAUUUCUGAAUCUUCAGCUGCCUGACAUCCGUUUGCUUUGCCUCUGUUUGCUAGUGUAAUGCCCAGUCGUUUGCAAAUGAGGGAUGGACAUUUUUUUUUUUUUUUACAUUUUCUGGAGGUGGAUAUUCCGCCAUAGUUUGAGCAAAUCUCCUGAAGCCAAGGUAACAGGUCAACGCGACGCAAAUAAUUGAGUCAUGCACUCCUUCUAGCUUUGAUCGGUUGUUGUUUUUUCUCGGGCACGGUGCUUUUUGCUUUUGUUUUUUGUUUUUUCUUUUAAUCGAGUUUGCGUACAAGCUGGGGCUAGAGAGGGAUGAUUUGUUUUCACAGAUUGUUUUUUUUUUCUUUCAUAUACUACUACUGUCAGGUCUUACUGAAUGUUUUAACAAAAUUGACUUUUUUUUUUUUAAAUUAUUGUAAACUUCCCUUUCAAGCAAAGUCACUGCUGAAAAAUGUAAAUGUUUUGUCAGCCUGGUCCACACUGUUGUGUUUUAUUCAGAUAAAGUUCCUGUGAGGAGAGUGGCUGAAUUGUGAAGUAUGGUUGUGUUUCUGCGCUACCUCUUUCCAAUGUAAUGUGCUUGCUUGUUCGCUCGCUAGCUUGCGCAUCCACACGCUCGCGCACCUGUCCAAGCGACACCCACGGGGCAAAUGCAGACUCCCAGACAGACGCUGCACACAUCACAGUGCACUUGUUUCUCCCUCACCAGCAGUCUUUUGCCAAUGAUGCACUUGUAUAUUGUGCUUUUUUUUUUUUUUUUUUUUUUUUUUUUAAUGUCUAUAUGAAUGCGCCAUGUGCAUUUUUCAAGUCCAAAUCUUUCAACCGAUGCACAUAAUUGCUCAGCUCAGUUGUACCUUGGUGUGCCUACAACCCACAGCCUUAUUUGGGGACAAUAUCAGGGCUUUUCACGCACGACGAUCUUUCUUUGUAGUGCUGAUGAUGAUGCUGUCGUAGCGCUUCAUAGCUACACUUUUGUUCGGGGAGGGGUUGUUUCACCAAUUUACGUAGUUGUCGUUUUCAACAGUAUCCUGCUCAUGGGAAUCUUAUUUAUCAUACAGCCUAAAUCAGUUUUAUGAAAAUCGAGACAUCUCUCUUGAUUUGUAUAUUUUUCUCAAUUUCACUUCAUGACAAAACAAAAACAAAAAUGUCCAAGUUUAUGUAAUAAGCUCAGCAGACUGUGAUCUUUCAUCGUUUUAAUAUACAAGCGGUACAGUUGUAAUGGAGUCGCCUCCCAAGAGAAGUACCACCAUGCAGUAAAACCUGCCAGACCUCAUUGCGUUGUCUUUUUUUUUUUCUUCCUGUUUCAUCAUUACACAGUUGCCAUGCCAUCAUUGUAGAUGGCUCCAUGACUACAAAGCCCUCUGUGUUAGCAAGUAAUUUUAUACAUACAGGAACUCAACUGCUCUGGCCAUGUCGCUGUGUUUCCUUUUCUUCUUCUUUUUUUUUUUUUUGUGUGCUGUUCUCCCUGCAUUUGAUCCAUUGUACUUCGAUUACAUGCAUUGUAUCUAGUUAAAAAAACAACAACAACAACAACUGAUUAUGCUUGGAGCAAAUCACAAAUAAAGCAGCUGUACAUAAUGAUGCAAAACUA